UCCGACAAACCAAAAAUACCAGGAGGCCAAGAAUCGUGACUCUAAACCCCCCGGCGCAGAAUAGCACUUAAAACCUGCUCUAAAACCCUUCUAAAACCCUUCAUUUGAUCAUUUCCUUCAUUAAUUUUAUUUCAACAAAUUAAAACCAUGGCAAAGCCCCUAACUCUGAUCAAACAAAACGCCUCCAACCCUAAACUAUGGUUAGUCAUCACCGUCACCGUCGCCGGAAUCGUCGUGCUAGCGGAGACACGGAGACGCCGGCGAAAAUCGAUGAUAACGGUGAUUCCGGAAGAUUACAGAGCUUUCAUAGAGAAAUUCGAGAUUCUUCCAUUUCCUCAACCGCCUCCUCCUGCCGCCAAACAGUCGCUAUCAGGCCUCUCAUUUGCCAUCAAGGACAUAUUUGACGUGAAGGGUUAUGUGUCUGGAUUUGGGAAUCCGGAUUGGAGACGAACACAUGAAGUUGCCGAGAAAAUGGCAGUGGUAGUUACUGCUUUGUUAAAGAAUGGAGCUACUUGUGUUGGCAAAACUGUUAUGAAUGAAUUAGGAUUGGGGAUAACUGGUGAGAAUAUGCAUUAUGGAACUCCUGUCAAUCCGCAGAUGCCCUCAUUUGUACCUGGAGGUUCCUCUAGUGGUUCAGCUGUUGCCGUUGCAGCAGAGCUUGUCGAUUUUGCUCUUGGUGCAGAUACAACUGGCGGCAUCAGAAUUCCGGCAGCAUUCUGUGGUGUAUUUGGUUAUCGACCAUCCCAAGGGGCAGUAUCUAUGAUAGGAGUGAUUCCAAAUGCACAAAGUUUGGACACAGUUGGAUGGUUUGCACGAGAUCCUUCUAUACUACGUUCUGUUGGACAUGCUUUAAUGCAACUAAAGGCUGUGGAGCCAAGAAGGACAAGGCGACUUAUUUUUGCUAGUGAUCUUUUCCAGCUUUCUAAGGUUCCCAAGCAGAAGACUGAAUACGUUAUUAGCAAAGCAAUUGAAAAUAUGUCUGGAUAUCAGCCACCAAAGCAUUUGAACUUUAGUCAUUAUAUUGCUUCAAAUGUACCAAGUCUAAAAGGGUUCUGUGAACAAUCUACAAACAUGCUAAAUGGAACAUCUUCUCUGAAAGCUCUCUCAUCAGUCAUGGGUUCAUUACAAAGAUAUGAGUUCAAAACAAAUCAUGAAGAAUGGGUUAAAGCAGUGAAACCCAAGUUAGCCCCUGAUGUUUCUAAUCGUGUUUUUGCAGCUAUUGGCGCCACUCAUGAGAAUAUAAAAGUGCUGUACAAAAUCAGGUCUGAGAUGCGAGCUGCUACCCAAAGUCUCUUAAAGGAUGACGGGAUAUUAGUUAUUCCUACAGUUGCAGAUCCUCCAUUGAGGCUUGAUACGAAGAAAGGCUCUUAUCUGGAGUCUUAUGAUAGAGCAAUGAUACUAUCAAGCAUUGCAAGCAUGUCUGGGUGUUGUCAGGUUUCUGUUCCCUUGGGAAGGCAUGAAGGUUGUCCUAUCUCUGUCUCGUUUAUCUCAUUCCAUGGAGCUGAUAAAUUCCUCCUUGAUACAAUUGUGGACAUGCACUCAUCUCUUCAAGAGCAAGUUGGCAUUGUUUCUAAUUCAGCACCGUUGCCAGAUAUUAAUGGAAAUAUGGAUGCCUCAGAACUUUUGAAAGAAAAGGGGAAUGCUGCAUUUAAGGGAAAGCAGUGGAAUAAGGCUGUCAGUUACUACACUGAAGCAAUUAAAUUAAAUGGGUCAUUUGCAACUUACUAUUGCAACCGAGCAGCAGCAUAUUUAGAAUUAGGAUGCUUUCAGCAAGCUGAAGAAGAUUGCAGUCAGGCAAUAUCACUUGAUAAAAAGAUUGUGAAAGCCUAUCUUCGGCGUGGAACAGCUAGAGAAUCACUUCUCUGCUAUAAAGAGGCUGCUCAAGAUUUCAAGCAUGCUCUUGUUCUCGAACCAUAUAAUAAGACGGCUAGUCAAGCCGGGGAAAGAUUAAGAAAGCUGAUUAGUUGAUGGCUUUACUCAUAUCUCCUCCUACCUAUUUACGCAAAAAAUAUAGCAUUGAAAUGAGGAUUUGACUAAAGGCUACUUUCCUUCUCGACAUUUUUCCGUAAAAAUAACAGAACAAAAUGAUAUAGAGGUGAAGUUCUCUGUUUGUGCAUAGCAAUUUACAAUAGUGUAUUUUUUUGUCACUUGAAAAGGUUCCAUUUUUCCUUCUUGACUGCAUCAGAUACAGGAAUUGAAAAGGCAGUUGCUAAUUGUGUAUGUGUAUUAAGUUGCAAUUUUGUUCUAGAGUCAGUUGCCUUAGCGGUAUUCGGUGCAAUUGAAUCCUUUUUCCGGAUCCAAGGUUUUAUCUUUCA